GGGGGGCCUCAUUUAAUAUUCGACCAUCAAAUGCAAAUCAGCAAUGAAGAAAAGGCUCUGAUCGUUUUUGGCGGGAAAAUCAUCUCCUCCAAUGAGUCGCCUCUUCCGUAUUCUGGAAUGUACUACUAUUAUUAUGAAGACCAUCAGUGGGUUCCCAUUACCGUAGAGCAACACAAUGUCGAAUUGAUGCCUCGCGUUGGCCACUCUUUUCUUUAUGACCCUCGUGAUGAGCACGUUUAUAUUUUUUCCGGACAGAAUGCCAAUGAACCAAUGAGUGAUUUUUUUGUCUACAACAUAUUAAAGAAAAAAGUCACGUGGGCAAUCGCGGAUGUACGGGUAGAAGGCGGACCAGAGAUAUCAUUCACCCAACGCUCGACUAUUGAUCCUUUCAGGCGGGAAAUAUUCGUUUUUGGAAUGCACACUAAAAAAGGCAAACGAGAAGCGUCCACUGAAAACUCAUUUUGGGUUUACUUUAUUGACAAAAAAAAAUGGGUGGAACUGGCGAGCAGGAAAAGUUCCGGAGUAGAUGAGCCGUGUCCCCGCUUUGCUCACCAGUUUGUAUUGGACACCAAAAAUAAAAUUCACUAUUUAUUUGGAGGAAAUGCAGGAACAGAGCGCCUGAAUGACUUUUGGAGUUUACGAUUCUAUAAAGUCCAAAAAGAAGACGUCAUAAAACAAGCCUUGUACUUCAUACGGAAGCAAAAGUUUCUGGAAAUGAGCGUGGACGAUAAGUUUGGAGCUUUACGAUAUUUGCAAGCGUGCUUAGCAGAAACGCUCGACCAGUACGACGAAGAACAGCUCAAAGACUUUCGGUCCUUAACUUCUCACUUAUUUAACACAUCCAUGGAUGCUGAGCGGAACAAGUUCAUUAAAAUACGUUCCACUGUCUACGAAACUCUUCUGAAAUUCUUUCCUUCCUCCAUUAAACAACCCGAAGAAAAUUUGUUGGAUCUGAUAACUGAAAAAUAG